AUGCCUCGCCCGGGAAGAAACACUUACAGCGACCAGAAACCGCCGUACUCAUACAUCUCUCUCACGGCUAUGGCCAUCCAGAGCUGCCCCGAGAAGAUGCUGCCGCUGAGUGAGAUCUACAAGUUCAUCAUGGACCGCUUCCCUUACUACCGGGAAAACACCCAGCGCUGGCAGAACUCCCUGCGACACAACCUGUCCUUCAACGACUGCUUUAUCAAGAUACCCCGGCGCCCCGAUCAACCAGGUAAGGGGAGCUUUUGGGCGCUGCACCCCAGUUGCGGGGACAUGUUUGAGAAUGGAAGUUUCCUGAGACGUCGCAAACGCUUCAAAGUGUUGAUGGCAGCGGAGCGCCUGGCCCAGAGCAAGCAGUCGGAGGCGGCGCACUACCUCCAGCAGCAGGCCAAGCUGCGGCUCAGCGCGCUGGCCGCCACCGGGACGCACCUGCCGCAGAUGUCCGGCUACAACCUCGGGGUGUCCCAGUCGUCCACCUUUAAGCACCCCUUCGCCAUCGAAAACAUCAUCGCCCGAGAGUACAAGGUGCCGGGGAGCCUUGCGUUCUCCACCAUGCAGUCCAUGUCGGCCGGGUACCCCUUGCACAACCAGCUGACGAGCGCCUGGCCCCACAUGUACAACACCGGCGUCAUCGACACGGUGGCGCCCAUUUCCAUGGCAGGAGGCGAUUACAGCGCCUACGGCAUGCCCCUGAAGUCCCUGUGCCACGGCGGGCAGACCCUGCCGGCCAUCCCCGUGCCCAUCAAGCCCACCCCGACCUCCAUGUCGGGGUUCUCCGCCAUGCCCCCACACAUCCCCGCGUUCCUAUCAAACUCUCCGCAGUCUCUGAGCCCCACGUCCCCGCAGACCGCGACGAGCCAGAGCAGCCCCGCUACCCCUAGUGAAAGUUUGACUAACUCCUCAUCCAUGCAGUCGGUUGCCGUGCAUUGA